AUGUCUGAUGGCGAAGCAGAUAAGUGCAGCUCAACUCUGUGUGCACCUGCCCAGCCGGGUACAAAGACUGCUGCAAAUCCAGCCAAAACGCUCCAGGAGGAAGCUACUUGUUCCAUCUGCCUGGAUUAUUUUAAAGAGCUGGUGAUGAUUAUAGACUGCGGGCACAACUUCUGCCGAGCCUGCAUCACCCAGUGCUUGGGACGGCAGGAGACCAGCCUCUCCUGCCCCUGCGGCAGGGGCAGCUUCCCCCAGAGACACCUCAAGCCCAACAGGCAGCUGGCCAACGUGGCAGAGGUGGCCAAACAGCUCAGCCUGCAGCUGUUCAAAGAGCCCCGAGGCGGGAGAGCGUGUGAGAAACACCUGGAGGGUCUGAAACUCUUCUGUGAGGAGGAUCAAACCCCCAUCUGCGUGGUGUGUGACAGAUCCAAGGAGCACAGGGCUCACACGGUGGUUCUCAUAGAAGAGGCUGCCCAGGAGUACAAGGUGCAAAUUCAGAGCCACCUGGAGAUUUUGAAGAAAGAGAGAGCUGAGAUUCUAGCGUUUCAAUCGAGUGGGGAAAUGAAAAGCCAGGAACUUCUGAAAGAAGUGGAAGCUGAGAGGCAGAAGGUUGUGUCUGAAUUUCAGCAGUUGUGCGUGUUUCUGGAGGAACAAGAAAGAUACCACCUGGGCCGGCUGGGCGAGCUGGACAAGGCGAUUGUGAAGAUGAGGGAUGAAAAUGCCACCAAAUACUCUAAGGCGCUCUCUUGCCUCAGCGAUCUGGUCUGCGAGAUGGAGGGGAAGCGCCAGCAGCCAGCGAGUGAAUUCUUGCAGGUCAUCAGAAGCACCUUGAGCAGAUGUAAGAUGGGGAAGGGGAAGUUUCAGAAUCCAACAGCUGAGUCUCCUGACUGGAGAAGAAGACUUCAAGAACUCUCUCAAGAAACCAUAUCGCUACAGGAUGCUGUGAAGGAAUUCAAAGAGUCUCUGCCAUGUGAAAUUCUGUUGGAAUCAGCCAAUGUGUAUUUUGAUCCAGCCACGGCACAUCCCCGAUUCGUCGUGUCCGAGAGACAGAAAAGCGUGAGGUGGGGAGACACGCGGCAGGAUCUGCCCUACAGUCCUAAGAGAUUUGAUCAUUCUCGCUGUGUGCUGGGCUGUGAGGGAUUCACCUCGGGGAGACAUUGCUGGAUGGUGGAAGUGGGGGACGGGGGAAACUGGGCUGUGGGGGUGGCCAGAGAGUCUGUGAGGAGGAAGGGAGAAAUCAGCUUGGACCCUGAGGGGGGCAUCUGGGCUAUAGGGCUCUGCAGAGGUCAGUACCGGGUUCUAACCUCCCCUGUGACUCUUCUGACCCUGAGCAGAAGCCCUACGAGGGUUGUGGUUUAUCUGGAGUAUGAAGAGGGGUUGGUGAAAUUUAUAGAUUUUGAUAAAGAGGCCAUGAUAUUUUCAUUCCUACCAGCUUCUUUUACAGGGGAGAAAAUCUUCCCUUUUUUCCGGGUUGGGGAUAUGCAAACGCACCUCAGGCUACUCCCCUGA